GUCGCCAUCUUUACCUAGUUGUAUAUUGCUCGUUUUCUCGUUUUUAUCUGUGUACCAAGCUAUUGGAAAAAAAAAUACGAUCAAAACUUUAUGAAUUUAUGAAACACAAAGAAAAUGGCGGACAUUUACUGAAACUAUUUCUGAUUUUUAAAUAGUUUUUAAAAAGUAAAUAAAAUUCUUAUUGGUAAUUAUGUCGAGGCGAGAUCCAUCAGAAAGUAGUGAAAGAAAGCUAAACUCCAGCGAUUACGAAAGCUUAAUAUCUCAACAUAGCAUAUUCGAAUCUGCCAGGUCGAAACCUCCGAUCGGUGAGUUACCCAGUUUUCCAGGAUUCAAUAAUGCUGAGACACAGACCAAGACUGGCGACAUCAAAGGUCCAAGUGUUCAAGCUGGACUAGGAGCGUGGCAUUACAACCCAUGGUGGAUGUUGGCGGGCACAUCUCGCAACACACCUUCACAAGACGAUUUCUCCGAAGGCAGUGAUCAAACUAAGGUAAAGCAAGAGCCCAGUGGAGCCGGCACUCCGGACCGAGACCCCCUACAGGGUGAAAUGGAUCACCAGAUGGCAGAAACAGCCACCCCACCAACUGGACUGGACACUUUUUGUGAUGACUGUUCCGAUCCAUUCUGUGACUCCAGUAAUACUAUUUGUCGCAAACUGUUUCACUGCCCGCACUGCAGAAAAAGCUACCCAACUAUACUUGAGUUUAACACUCACCUGACAGGUGUACAUCCAGCCCAAAAACCAUUUCGAUGCCAAAUUUGUUUAGAACCAUUUCACAAAAAAUCAUAUUUGCGCAGACAUUUGGAUUCCAGUCAUACUCGAAAAGAUGUCAAUAAAUGUGCAGUGUGCUCAAAAUAUAUCAAAGAUAAGAGCAAUUUGCGUAAACAUAUGCAAGUCCAUACAGGCAGAGUGCCACAGAAACAAUUUAAGUGUGACCUUUGUAACAACAAGCGCUACAUGUCUCUAGACAGACUUAACAACCAUAAAGUUGUUUGCACUGGGGAGAAGGUUCUCAAAUAUUGUGACAUGUGUACAAAAGUUUUUGAUAAUUCUCGAUCAUUAAACAGUCAUAAAAAAGUGCAUGCAAGAGAACUGAAAUGCGACUAUUGCGGGGAGCAGCUCCGCUCUCUUGAACAGUUUACAAAUCACAAGCUGGUAUGUCGUGGACCAUCAGAGGCCGGUGGCAGCGGAACAAGCUCCAUGGCUACCUUGAACCGUUGCUGCACGCAGCCAGGCCUGUGUGAGCACGACAAGCCUGCAUACCUGAACAUACCCGGCUAUGCUACUGGUAGAGUGCUUGAAGCAACAUUAUCUUCAUUGAAAUCAGAGUUAAAUGGAUAAUAUUAUAUAUUCCAAUACAGAUUCAGGGCUAAUAAGCAUUUUAUAAUGGUUUCUUUUUGUUUUAUUGAAUUAAACCAAAUACAUAGUUAAAUUGUAUAACAGUAAAGUUUUCACAAUUGAAAAUUUCACAAGACUGAUGCAAAUAUCCCGCCUCACUACUUGCUUUAUUAUUACCAGUUUAUAUUUAGGUUUUAGUUCAUA